AUGUUAGCUGAAUUAGAUGCUAAUCUCUACGUCCUGAAGACACAGAGGAGCGCCACAGCCGCCUCAGCAGAAGCAGCAGUCUACGAGGCAGCCGCAGUGGAGGAGAAGGAUCCUCUCUCCGACUUGGUCCAGAUCUUGCCUCAGGACACCGCUCAACGCACCAGCGAGUACGUGCAGGCCCACUACAACGACCCACAGCAGAAAGCUUCGGUCCCGCAGCCGCCUGACACCACCUCCAACGCACGAGCACCAUCUCCACCGCCUCCAGCCUCUGUAGCACCAGAUCCAGUUCAGUGGUACCCGCUUCCUACCGAGUCAAAUCUCCAUAAUGUUUUGUUUAAAAAUGAGCCUUGGGGCAUCUUUGUCCGUAAGUGA